CUCCCUUAUACUUUCAGUACUAUACUGAUUCACAAGUUCAUUGUGUUAGUUCCGGCGCCUGGGAGGAUUUUGGUCAACUAUAUGACUGUUUGAAAAAUCGGAUCGAUCUCGAGGGUCCAUUGAAAAAUUACGAGUUUAUUAUUGGUGAUGAAAAAAUGGAUUUUGUUUGGACAAAAAUGCAAAUCAUCGACUUCCUUAAACAACAGAAGUGUUCGGGUGAUAAUCCAGUUAGGAUAUCUAAAGUAAAAAAAGGAAAAGCGGAUGAACCAUCAAAGUCGUUAUAUCGUCCUAGAAAUGAGGAAGAUGAGGAAAUCGUCCAGAAAGCUUUUAAUAGAACUUUUCAAGAUCCAAGUAACCUUUCGGAAAGGUUUAUACAAUUUAUUGACAAGUGUCUGGAUAAAUACGAAACAACGAGUAACGAAUAUUAUGCGCCAUAUACAACUUUAAUUCAAGCCAGUGGCACAGGGAAAUCCAAAUUAUUGAUAAGUGUUGCCGAAGAGAUAAUGACCGUAUACUGCUGUUUGCGGGAAUUCGGAUCAAGUGGCUAUCCACCCAGAUCGAAUAUUGCCGGAACACUAAUAAAAGAGUUUGAUAGUGAACAAGAAGCCAAAGCUUCCUAUCUUGCGUACAUAUGCGCAUGUUUUCAAAAGAUGCAGGAUUUCGAUGGAGAUUGUAAGAAAUGGUUGGAUGGGCAUACCAAUAAAAAUUUGCAAGAGAAUUUUUGGAGAGAUGUUGAAAACAGAAUGAAAUCUAUCAAGGACGAUUUAAUGAAAUGUUCUACGGAUAUUAAAUACCUGUUUGCAUUCGAUGAAGCUCGUAUGCUGAUUGGUAAGAAGGGUGGAAGUAAGAACGUUGAAAAAAAUUCACCGUUCUAUUAUAUUCGACGUGCUUUAAUUCUCUUACCCGAAGGAUCAGGAAUUUUUGCGGUCUUUACGGACACACAUUCAAAUAUUUCGAACUUUUCGCCUACUUCUUACCUCGAUCCAUCUAAAAGAGUUGCAGAGGAAGG